AUGUACCGGCUGCUGUCAGGCGUGACAGCCCUGGGGGCUGCGACCCCGGGGGCCCCGGCCCGGGGCUGCGGACGGCGCUGGGCCCAUCAGCGAGCCGGCGCGCCGACGCUCGGCCCCGGCUGGGUCGGGGGCCUGGGGCUGGGGCUGGGGCUGGGGCUGGCGCUCGGAGUGAAGCUGGCCGGAGGGGGGUUGCGGGGCGCCGACCCCGCCCAGCCUCCCGCGGCCGCCCCGGACCCCGACACCCCGCAGGAGCCGUGCCACGCCCCGGGGACCCCGCACAGCCCCGAGCCACCGCCCGCCAGGUGCUUCGCCAGAGCCAUCGAGAGCAGCCGCGACCUGCUGCACAGGAUCAAGGAUGAGGUUGGCGCACCUGGCAUAGUGGUUGGCGUUUCUGUAGAUGGAAAAGAAGUCUGGUCAGAAGGUUUGGGCUAUGCGGAUGUGGAGAACCGGGUACCGUGUAAACCAGAAACAGUUAUGAGAAUCGCCAGCAUCAGCAAAAGCCUCACCAUGGUCGCUCUUGCCAAACUGUGGGAAGCAGGGAAACUGGAUCUUGACGCACCAGUGCAGCAGUAUGUUCCCGAAUUCCCAGAGAAGGAAUACGAAGGCGAAAAGGUUUCUGUCACAACACGAUUACUCAUUUCCCACUUAAGUGGAAUUCGUCACUAUGAAAAGGACAUGAAAAAAGUGAAGGAGGAGAAAGCUUAUAAAGCCCUGAAGAUGGUGAAAGGGACGAUGGCAGCAGACCACGGAAAGGAGCUGAGAGACAAGGGAGGGAGAAGCAGUGACAAGGACGACUUCCCUAAGGCCAAGCCUGAGCAGGACGGCGAAGUCAAAUGUCGAAACUCAAAACCCGGCAAGAAAAAAAAUGAUUUUGAACAAGGCGAACUAUACUUGAAAGAAAAGUUUGAAAAUUCAAUUGAGUCCCUAAGAUUAUUUAAAAAUGAUCCUUUAUUCUUUAAACCCGGUAGUCAGUUUUUAUAUUCAACUUUUGGCUAUACACUGCUGGCAGCCAUAGUAGAAAGAGCUUCUGGAUAUAAAUAUUUGGACUAUAUGCAGAAAAUAUUCCAUGACUUGGAUAUGCUGACAACCGUGCAGGAAGAAAACGAGCCAGUGAUUUACAAUCGAGCAAGAUUUUAUGUUUACAAUAAAAAGAAACGUCUUAUCAACACACCUUAUGUGGAUAACUCCUAUAAGUGGGCUGGUGGUGGAUUUCUGUCUACAGUGGGUGACCUUCUGAAGUUUGGGAAUGCAAUGCUGUAUGGCUACCAAGUUGGCCUGUUUAAGAACGCCAAUGGAAAUCUCUUACCUGGAUAUCUCAAGCCAGAAACAAUGGUUAUGAUCUGGACACCAGUCCCUAAUACAGAGAUGUCUUGGGAUAAGGAAGGUAAAUAUGCAAUGGCAUGGGGCGUGGUAGAAAAGAAGCAAACAUAUGGCUCUUGUAGGAAGCAACGGCAUUAUGCUUCCCAUACUGGAGGUGCAGUGGGGGCCAGCAGCGUCCUACUGGUUCUUCCUGAAGAACUGGACACAGAGGCCAUAAGUAACAAGGUUCCCCCAAGAGGAAUAAUUGUUUCUAUUAUAUGUAACAUGCAGUCUGUUGGCCUAAAUAGCACUGCUUUGAAGAUUGCCCUGGAAUUUGAUAAAGACAGGUCAAACUGACAACUUAAUAUCACAGGUGCACAGUAAGAUGUCUUGUGUUUCAAAAUAUCAAUGUUCCAAAAGACAUUAAUAUUUUAAGAGUAAGUUUGUAAUGGAUUCCAAUUAAAUGCAGAAAUUAUGUACCUCUAAUUGCUUAAUUUUGUAACUGUCUUUUUAUUGUAAAAUUAGUUCUUCACACUCAGGGAAAUAACUAUUGUUUCUACUUUUUGAAGAAAAAGUGUUAACUCUUGAAAUAAAAUACUCUGAAAAAAAAUGUGCUGUGGUGUUUUGAAUGUACAAUGUCCCCCAUAGCUUCAUAUUUUUGUGAUGAAGCCUUGUGCUUAGUCUAUAGCUGGUGGAGCCUUGCUGAAGGAGGCGUGUCAUUGGGGACAGGCAUUGGGA